AUGAGCUUCGAUUCUGCUUUGGCGGCGUGGUCCUUGCACGACACGUUUGUCAUGAUAACGAACCAUGCUGGUUGUCGUACCAGUGACGAGCAUACGGUCUAUCAUGUGGAAAUGGCGAAUCACGACAGAGAUGCAAGGCUUAUAGUCUUUAAGACGCAGUCUUUCCGACUGAGGGAGGUAACACACAAAUUAAAUGUCGAAAUCGGCGACCAUAUCACAGACCACAUCAAUACAAUGGCCCUUAUUGCCCGGCAAGAUGCUGCUACAAGCACAAUCGAACAGGAAAGCUCCACGUCACUCAGCACAACGUUCGAUUACCCGUCUCCCACUGCCUUAGCCACAGGAACCUCGCUUGCAGCAGACGUGUCCUUCUCCAGACUCAACACGACCCUAUUGCCACCCGACAGCUCCAUCGUGGAAUUCCUACCAUAUGCUAACAUUCAUGAAAACAUCCGUCUUUCAUGUCAAAACUGCACCAUGACAGGGAACAUUGAACUCAAAGCAGGUGGCUUCUCAGUAACCGAUUCCGACCCUGAAGUACUGAUGGACUUCUUCGACGAUGGCUUUCUCGAGUUCGAUGCAACCAAUAUCGCAGCCAUGAUGGAUUUUGAGCUCGAGCUCCUGCCAGGGUUGAACGUGUUAGAAUACACGGCGCAACUUCCGAGCAUACCACUAGGUGCGAUAGUCAUCGCUGGAGUCCUUAAAUUCGGUCCUGUCCUGGACUUGGCCUUUCCUAUGGCAAUCACACUGAAUUCACCUGUGGUGUUUCGUACUGGCUUUAAUCUAUUUGCACCACCUAGUACGAAAAUAUACCUGAACAUGAGCGAACCAAACUCUUCUUUCACAUCUGGUCUUUCCGAGACGAAGCUCGAAGCUCUUCCUUUCACCGCCAAUACAGAAGCACUGUCCUUCAAUCUGACAAUCGGCUUCAACCCCCAACUCAUACUCGGAGCAGGCAUUGGCUCAGACACUCUCAAUGCAAGCGCCGACGGCGGGAUCGGCGUCUACCUCGAUCUACCUCAACUAGCCACUACCGUAGACAUGGUCGACAGAGGGGAUGAGAAUUGCGAGCCGUCGGUAUCGGAAGACGCGCAGGACGGAUUGAUACGCGUUAGCUCGAGCGCGAUGUUUGGAGGAGGUGCGCAGUGGGAUGUGGGGGUCGAGGUGUUGAAUGUUGGUUAUGAGCAUGGUGAGGCUGUUCCGUUGCUUGAGACGGAGAUUGUGCUUCCCGUACAGUGUUUGAUGUGGGAUGAUGAGGUUGAGUCUUUGGUUAAGGCGGUUCCACUCCAGAAAGUUGAUACGAGCUCUGACGAAAAUGGGAACGGUGGAUCGAAGCAGAAUUUGGCAGUCAAUGUCGGUCCAAUGAAGGCGACCAUCAGCAUGUGCAUGCUAGCUGUAGUUUCGGUUAUGUUGUUUCUCUAG